AUGGAUUUAGAAAUUAAAGACCUAGAUCUUUAUGAACUCCUUGAAAUUAAUUACAAUAGUACAAGAGAAGAAAUUGAUAAGGCAUAUCGUCGUAACGCUUUUAAAUAUCAUCCUGAUAAAAAUAUAAAUAAUGUUGAAGCAGCAACCAAAUUAUUUCAUCAAAUAUCGAUUGCUUACGAAACUUUAACUGAUCCACGAAAGAAGUUGGAAUAUGAUAAUAUUUAUAAAGCAAAGAUUGAGAGUAAGAAGAGAUUUGAAAAGUUGGAUGCUAAACGGAAGGUUAUGAAAGAAGAACUUGAGGAAAGAGAGAAAGCUGCAAAACAGUCGAAGAAAACAACAAUUUUUACACAGGAAUCUCGAGAGGCAAAGAUUGAACGGAUUAAAGAGGAAACAGCUCGAAGAAGGCGGGAAAAAGAAGAAAAGUUACGACUUUCCGAUCAAAGGUCGAAAGCAUCAACAACGCACAGACCUAACUCAACACCAAGACCUUCAUCAAAGCAAGCAUUUGGAUAUAAAGAUUUUGAAUCAAUUGUUUUGAAUAAAAUGAUUGAACAAGAAAGAUUAGACAAAGAAAAAUGGGGGGAGAAAAGUGAAUCAAGUAUGGAAGCAUAG